AUGACCUUUGAGCUGCAGAUCCAGGCCAGAGGGAAAAUCAGCAGCCACUUUUGCAACAUGAAGGAUCAAAUCAGGCCUCAGUGUAAGGACGGCCCUUGUUCCCUUCAGCCGGAGGGAGAUUUAGAAGGAACCCGCCCCCCAGUUCCCAGCCCGUGUCUGAGCCCAGGCCCCAGCCCCACCCCGAACGUGUACAUAGACCUCGGAGGAAACGUCCGCGCUGCAAUCAGAGACUCGCAGUCUGAGCCCUGUCUGUCCCAGCCGGACGCCCCAGCCAUGGGCAGAGCCCUGCCACCACAGCAUGACGUUGGGGAAAAGGAGCUCUGGGCUCGGGCCCCCCCUUGGAGAGCAGGGGGUCCUGCCACGCUGAGGGUCCUGAUCCUCGCCCUGCUCUGGAGGGAGUCCCUGUCCCAGUGGCCCGGAUUUACCCUGGCGGUGCCGCAGUCGGUGUCGGUGCAGGAAGGUCUCUGUGUUCUCAUCCCCUGCACCUUCACGUACCCAGCCUCGUACGACACCUACAAUUCCCGGACCCGGCUCUACAGAUACUGGUACAAGGAUCCGGCCGAUGUGGACCAGAAUCCGCCCGUGGCCAGCAGUGACCCUAACUGGAGGGUAUCGCAGGAGACCCAGGGCCGGUUCCGGCUGGCGGAGAAUCCGGCGCCCGGUGACUGCUCCCUGCAAAUCAGCGACGCCCGACGGACGGAUGAGGGGAGAUAUUUCUUUAGAGUCGAGAAAGGAAGAUUGAAAUACAAUUACCGCUAUGGUACCGAUGGCACUGACUUUACGCUCACGAUCUCCGUGCCAGACUCGCCCAGACCCCCCAACAUCACCGGGACCCUGACCAGGAAUGGACGCCCUGUGCUGGAUGUGUCAGGAGCUGAGGGCGACGUCGUGUCUCUGGAGACCCAGGAGGGCGACUCCCUGAGCCUGGGCUGUGAGGCUGUGAGCAGACCCGAGGCCACCCUGAGCUGGGCCAAGGGGAAUGAGUCCCUCAGCCCUGGCCAGGGAGGGGCCGGGCGCCUGGAGCUGCGGAAACUCAGCAGAGGGGAUGCUGGGGAGUAUCAGUGCUGUGCGAAGAAUUCCUAUGGGUCGGCCAGCCAGGCCCUGCGUGUGCACGUGCAGUCUCCAGUGAGGACUCUGCAAAUCACCAUCUCCAGAGCUAACAGGAGCGACCCCCAGCUAUUCCAAGAUCCCGGCACCCCGGUGGGGAACGGGUCACAGAUCACGGCCCAGGAGGGCGACUCUCUGCGGUUCCUCUGCUCCGUCGCCAGCAGCCCCCCCGCUGUGCUGGGCUGGGUGAGGGGGGGCCGAGCCGUCGAGGGCGCCUGCCCCAUGGGGGAGAAUCAGCUGCGGCUGGAGCUGCCCAACGUGACGGCCGAGGACGGGGGGCUGUACGGGUGCUGGGCCCAGAGAAAGGAGAGCUCUGCCCAGGGAACGUUCCAGCUGCUCGUCGAGUACAGCCCCCGGCCGGGGACUGGGCUGAACUCAUCUUGCCAGCGCCAGGGGCACAGCGUCAGCUGCAGUUGCUCCCUGCGCUCCCACCCCCCACCCCGGGUCCAGUGGCAGGUGGACGGGGAGCCCGUGGCUGAGAACGGCUCGCGGGGGGCCCUGCAGGUCAGCUCCUGGGCCCAGGGGGACGAGGCCGUCAGCACCCUGAGCUGGACGGGGAACGGGGACAGUGGCUCCCAGAUCUUCUGCCUCGGCUCCAACCCCCAUGGGACCUACGCUGCCCUGCACUUUGACUUCAGCCCCCCACGGAGAGGUGCGGAGGAGCCUGGCAAGCUGCUGGGCGUGGGGGUGGCCUGUGGGCUGGGGAUCGCCAUCGGCUUCUUCCUUCUCGGGCUCUGUGUGAUCAAGCUGCGGGGCCGGGAGCCAGCGCCCCCCAGCACUGAGGCCGGGGAGAUGGCUAACGGGAGCCAGGCCGAGCACACGGCCGACGACGCCAGUCUGAUCUACAGUAACGUCCCCACCAUGCCCAUGGAUCACAAGACUCCAGCCGCCCAUCAGACCGAAGGUGCCCAGGACGGGGCUGCCACAGCCCAGACCCCACUAGGCCCCGGGGAGCCGGAGGAGCUGCACUACGCCACCAUCGACUUCUCCAAGCUGCAGCGCAAAGGGGUGGAGCCUCUGGAGGCCCCAGCCACGGAAUAUUCUGAGGUCCGGCGGAAAUAG